AUGUCAUAUUAUUUUAAAAAUUUGCAACCCAACAAUGAUUCAGAAGAUGAAGAAAUUGAUGAAAAAGAGUUAGGUAAGACACUAGAAAGAAUAAUGAAAAGAAGAAAUAAAAGUUCCAAGGGCGAUUUAAGUCAGAGUGGUGCAGAGGAAGUGGAUGAAGAUCAAGAAGAUGACAGUGGGGAUGAUGAUGAUGAAAUACAGACCAUAUCAUUUGGUUCAUUGAAAAAAGCUGAAGAUAUGUUAGCUGAGGAAGAAAGACAACAAAGGAGGAAAGUGAACGUUGAAAAUUUGAAAGUUAGAUCACACAACGAAGAAAAUUCGGCAAGAAAUAAGAAAACUUAUAAAGAGGAACCAUUCAAUGAUUCGGAUGCAAACAGUUCAUCUGAGUCAGAUUCUGAUGGUGUAUUCUUUGAAGAGGAAGAAGAUAUGGGAAGAGGAAAGAAUAAAAAUAAAUCUAGAAAAAGACAUAAACAUGCUCCGGUGGAAUCCUCAUCAAAAAAGCCAGUCUCAAAGAUAAGACAAAUUCCUGGGUUAGAGAUUCCAUUAAAACAAAACUCUAAAUUAUAUGGUGACAUUAGAUUCAAUAAAGCUCUAGGUGGUGUAAAUACAGAUAAAUCGGUGAUUAGACGACGCUAUCAAUUCUUGGAUGAAUACAGAGAAAAAGAGAUAGCAGAGAUGGAAGCAUUAUUAGAGGAUCGUAAAUUUUUGAAUAAAAUUAGCGAUCAAGAAAGAGAAGAUAUGGAGAGAAAAGUGAAAUCAAUGAAAUCAAGAUUACAAAGUAUUAAAAACAAAGAAUUGGAGAAUAAGAUUAUCAGGGAUUAUGAAAGAGAAAUGAAUUCAAAUAAUAAAUCCAGGUAUUAUUUAAAGAAAUCUGAGAAACGUAAAAUCAUUCAGAAAUGGAAAUUCGACCAUAUGAAAGCAAAACAACGUGAAAAGGUCAUGGAAAGAAAAAGAAAGAAAAGAUUGGGUAAAGAAUUUAAACAGUUUGAAUUUUAUAACAGAAAGUAG